CUCUGCAAUCGUUUCGGACACACCGUGUAAUAACGACCUACUAUCACGAAGUUUGAGCGGGUGCGUCAAUUGCAACUUUUUGUCGCACUACAACUCUAUAUUCUAUUAUCAGUUACAGUCGGAAAUAAAACGGACAGUGUAGGAUUUCUGCUUCCUAUAUAAGGAGAGUGAAUCGUUGUAGGCCUAUCAUUUAUUUCUUAGCAGUCACGUUGCUCGAGAUAAGGACUGAAAUGCGAUUGUUCGUUGACAAACAUAUCGCCAAGGAGCAUACAAAUACGUAUUAGAAGUUUAGCCAUUAGCUCGAAAGCAGAGAACGUAACGAGUGAUCAAAAUGUCGACCACAUCAAUCAUGUACUCUGUCGUCAUGGCAACGCUAAAUGCGACUGCUGAGCCUUCCUCCGAACCCGAGCCGGAACCCGAAUCGGAACCCGAACCUGAACCAGAGAUGAUCAUGGGUACCAUGGAGCCGGAGCCAUGGAUAACCGGGAUAUUGUUUGGGGAGCCGUUUCCUGAGUUUUCUUCGGAGCCUGUGGCCGAACCGGAACCGACAAUGAACUUUUGCGCCCAGGUCAUCCUCGCCCUCAUUGCCGCCAUCAUCCUCGUGGUCGGUUCCAUCGGAAAUGCACUCGUCAUCGCCGUCAUAUCGAGGAUGAAAGUGGAUCGGACCGUCACCGAGCUCUUUCUUCUCUCUCUGGCCGUCGCUGAUCUAUUUGUGUGCGUCAUAUGCACGCCAUUAAUCAUCAUUGGAAUCACUGUGCACCAGAAACAUACCGGUGUCUCAUAUAUCGUGGAACAGGUCAUGUUCUAUUUCUCCUCCGUGGCUUCAAUCCUAAGUCUAUCCGCCAUCGCCCUUGACCGCCAUGACGCCGUCAUUCACCCCAUGUCGAGAAGGCUGAACAUCCAGCGCUCGAAACAGGUCCUGGUCGUCAUUUGGUUGAUAUCGAGCGCAGCGGCGGUCACCAUCUAUUUCAUCCCGCAGAAUUACGAGUUCGGCGUCCUGGCCGUUUUCUUCAUCGUCCCCUUGGUCUUCAUGGUCGCCUGCUAUUACCGCAUCGUGCGAGUAGCGAGACAGUCUGCGUCGAGGGUGAGGAGAGCCAGCGAGGCGGGGCUGAAGAAAAGCACGAAAACCCCGGGUAGGUCCUUGCUUCGUACUCCUCUUUAG